AUGGGUAACGUCUCAGGUUACCCCAAUAAAAUCACUGGGUCUUACCUGGCCACCCCUGAAAAAAUGUUCUACGCCCCUGCUCUCACAGUUUUUGUAAAGAGUGUCUUCAACAGUUCUGGAGAACCAAGAAAACUCAGCAUCAGUGAAGUGCUUCCAUCUCACAAGGAGGAACUGAAUACAGCACUGACAUCUUUACAAAACAAGCUCAAACAUACAAAGAAAAUGAAAGCAAAGUGUGAUAAAACGGUUCAACACAUCAAGUCUCAAGCUGAGCACACAGAGCGUCAGAUUAAAGAGGAGUUUGAGAAGCUUCGUCAGUUUCUCAGAGAUGAAGAAGAAGCUACAAUCACUGCACUGAGGGAGGAAGAGGAGCAGAAGCAGCAGAUGAUGAAGGAGAAGCUGGAGGAGAUGAACAGACACAUCUCAGCUCUUUCACACACAAUCAAAGACACGGAGGAGAUGAUGAAAGCCAGCGAUGCCUGCUUUCUGAAG